AUGUUCGGCUGUGGAUUUCCUUCAUUUUCAUUACCAUUAUGUUCACAAUCGAUGAUGUCUCCUUUCAACAUGUCGAUGGCACAGCCUUACUGUAUGUCUGCUCCACAUGCAGUUCAACCAGUAAUGGUUCCCACACCUGUAUAUGCAUCCGCUGUACAAGCAGUACCAGUACCAAUGGAGCGUCCAUGUGCGAUGCCUAUUCCACAUCCAGUACCAGUACUAGUAGAUCGUCCAUGUGCAGUACCUGUCCCUGUCCCUGUCCCUGUCCCUGUUCAAGUAACAACAUGUAUGGAAACAUUGCCACAAUGUUGUUGCAAGUCAUCUGAAAAAUAUUAUACAUGUCCAUCGUAUCGUCAAGUAGAAUAUAUUAUUGAGGAACCUGUAUGUAUAAGACGUCGCCGACCACGGCGUCAAUGUCGAUCAUACUCUUGUUCUCAAACUUCUUUACCACCUAUUAUUAUUCCAAUACCAAUACAAGCACCUGCUGUUGUUGCACAACAACCACCGUUUCAAGUUACUGAAUAUGUUCAAGAUAUUUAUCCACCUGCACAAGUUUUUACUGAUCAAGUACCUGUGGGAUAUACAACUAAAAAUAUAGUAAUUCAACAACCGGGUUUAAUUCAAAAUCAAGGAACGACAAUUAAUUGUCAACCGAGUAUUAUUUUAUCUUCAGCAAUUUAA